AUGGAUGCCAGCUUGGCUAACAUCCUCCUCUCAUCCACCUCCUCCACAAUCACUUCUCAGAGGAUAACCAACCUGCAGAGAGAUCUGACAGCAUUGGUGACCAACAUCCAAACUGCCGCAGAUGCCAGAGAGUCAAUGCGAAGGAUGGAGCUGGAGGAAGCUCGCAGAACUAGAUUGGAGCGGCUUGAAAAUGAUGUAAAGUCCAGCCAGGAAAAAUAUGAGGAGAUCACCAGAGGGUGGUCAAUGGCUAAGGAGAAGGUGAUCCCUCAGGAACUACACAAAGCUCUGAACAGCCAGCAGCAGCUGUGUGCUCUUCUAUUAGAAGACAAGAAAAAACUGAUAAAUGACCUGCAACAGGAGCUGAAGGUUGCAAAUGAUCGCUAUGUGAAGGACUUGAGGAGGCAGGCAGAGGAGCUGGACCUGAUGAUGGAGGGGAUGGAGGAGCAGACCAAAACCCUGACAAAAGCCUACAGGGAGGAGAUGGCCAAGAUUGAGAGAGUUUAUCAGCAGGAAAGUGAAGUCUUACUUGCAAGAGAUAAGACUGAAUGGGAACAACAAAUGAAGGAAAUCUGGGACAAAGAGACAGAGAGGAAGUCGCAGACGAUGAAGAAAGUGGAGGAGCAUGAAGCAGAAAUUCACAGGCUGAUGUUGGAGACUAUUGACAGAGACAGCGUCACCCAGAUAGAACAGAAUGCAGAGUUGCAGGUUCUGGAGAGAGAGCAUCAACGGAUGCAGGCCACCAACAUGGUCACAAAGCUAAAACUCAACAAGGAGAAGUAUGAGGAAAAAGCACUCAGCCUCAAUGUGGAGCAUUUAAAGAACAGGAUCAGCCGUCUGCAGGCAGAGACCAAAAACCUAAAGGCCAAGUAUACCGAACAGCUGAAACAGCUUAAGUCAAGCCAGGAUUUAUUUGACUACAAACACAACAUCCAGAAAGAUGAGCAUAUACAGAAGAAAAUCAGGCACUUUGCACUUGCUGAUGUUUGGAAAUGUGAGGAGAUGUGGCAAGCAGAUGAAGCAGAGGUGAAGCAGCAAGUUAAGAGGGCUUUAUUAAUUGACUCGCUGAUCUGUAAGCAGCACCUAGGCUUAGCCUGGGAGCCACCACUAAUGGCUUUCAUGGAUCACUCUUGUCCCAUCCAGCCUCAGACACAGGCCCAUGGGCCCGCCUGCCAGGCCGUCUCCCAGCUGAAUCAAACUGGACAGGGGACGAUGGAUGCCUCAGACUGGCUUAGGCGGGAGGUUGACAGUGAGAGCACAGACAUGGUAAUGUGCAAGGAAGGGACAGCAGUGCUGGGUGAGAGUGAUACAGAGGUGGAGGAAGAGAAGCUGUCGAUGGAGACACUGAAGAAAGUGAUGGAGCUGCUGUGUGAUGACAUGGGCUUCCUGAUGGAAGCUAAACUCCUGAAACUGUUGGCUCCCCUGAAGAAGGAUGAACAGACUGUUGUGAAGCUGGGCACUCUCCUCUGUUCCUGUGGCAUUGGCAAGGAGGAUGUGCCCAAGCUGGCUCAUUUCUUAUUAAAGUACAAACUACAGCAGAGAGAGCAGACUGAGGAUGUUUGUGGUGAGCCAGGUGAAUCCAAUGAACAGGCAGAGGCAGUGGAAAGCAGCUCUACAUCCAGUCUGACCUCUGACCUCAUCAAUCGUGACCAUGUCCUGCCUGCUCUAAAAAGUUUCCUCAAGCAGCACAUGAGAUCCAGAUAUUCUCUGUGA